GGUGUGCACUGUGCAAUAAUACUAGGUACAUAGUAAUGGUUUGUCCAUAACUCUCAAGUCCAAUUUUGAAGUGGGAUUUUGACAAAAGCUACUACUCCCUUUCACAGCCAACUACGUAUCUAUAAAACGGUAACGGCGCCAGGCAGGGCUCAGUGUCGUUCUGUUCUUCUAAAUAAUUACAAAAAACUACCAACCAAAGCUAUGUACAGAUACCUUGUAUGCGCCGCCACCCUCGUGAUAGCCAUUAGCGGCAGUGCGCUAGGAGGGGGCGUUGGCUACGGGCAUUUUGAUGGCUACGCAGGCCUGGGGGGCUAUGCAUCAAAUGAAAUCGCAGGUAGCUACGGGGGACAUGACGAUCACGAAAAAUACAUAGAUUAUCACGUCCGUCCAAGCUACCACUAUGACUAUGCCGUACACGAUCUUCACACUCACGAUAUCAAGAGUCAAUGGGAGACGCGGGAUGGAGAUAAAGUUGAAGGGGAGUACACCCUCCUAGAGCCCGACGGCUCCAAGAGGAUCGUCAGGUACAGUGCCGACAAACACACCGGUUUCAACGCAAUCGUCAAAAACAUCAAACACGGCUAUUAAAUUAAUAAAUAAGCACUAAAACCACUAAUUACCCAGAACAGUACAAAUUGUUUGAUGAAUAUCGAAAGUAAUAGAAACAAAAAAUAGAAGGCAUAAGGUAACCAAAUAAUUCUAACUAAUUAUUUAAUAUAAGUAAUUAGUAGACAUCGCUCGCGAUUUGAUGCGUGGCUUUUCUUUUUAAUUACUGUAAUCUAUUAUAAAAAAAUGUAUCCAAUCAAAUAAUAUCAAAUUGGGGUAUAUUCUUAGUACCUACCUAGUUAUGACCCUGUUUUGUGCGUGUUCUACCUUUUUGGGACUAUCGUAAUAAAUUUUGAUGUAAUUGGACAGUUUGUACUUGAUAUUACGACAAAUUAUGCCUUUCUACUACGAUAAAUAAUUAACCUGUGAAAUUAGUGCAAUUUUAGAUCCUCAGUUCUAGUUUUAUAGAAACAAUUAAACAAUAUUACCAGUACCUAUAUACUAAUAAUUAAGUGUAAUAAAUUUUAUCUACUAUUGUAUAUAAGGUGCUAUAAACGCGUAUUUCCGACACAUUUUUUCUACACAUUCUUGAAGUUUCUUUUUUUAAUAUUUCGUCACAAUAAUUGUUCCCCAUUCUCCUCUGUUUUGCCAUACUUCCUUACGUUUUUUCAUAUCCCUUUUUCACCUAUGUCUGUGUUAUUGUAUUGUACUUAGGUCUAGAGUUUAAUUUUUAAGUUUUAUAAUGACAAAGAAGCGUGCUAGUGUAGAUUAUAUUUACGUUAUUUUAUGACCGAACCCUGUACAUCGCAUUGUUCUA